AUGGAAGAUGCAGACUUGAUACCAGGAACUUCACGAAUCUUCUCAGAUACAGACCCAAACUAUCCUUCACGCCACGCAGUGCAGCCUUCGAAUUCUCUCAAUGACCCGCUGAAUUGGUCGCUACCGCGGAAAUACUGGCACACGUUCCUUCUUUGUUAUAUUACAGGGUUGACAGCUGCAACUUCUAACGAUGCUGGUUCCACUCAAGACGGUGUCAACAGAGAAUUGGGCAUUUCUUUUGCCGCAAUGAAUAUAAGCGGAGGAGUCACUUUUUUAGGAAUCGCUAUUGGAACAUUUCUACUCAGUCCCGUAGCCUGGCUCUAUGGACGUCGACUCCCAUACUUAAUCUGUAUUUCCUUAGGAAUACUCGGAGCCGUUUGGAUGUCUCAAAUAAAAAAUACGCAGGAUGCAAUCUGGAAUCAGCUCCUUGUCGGUGUAUCCGAAUCAACAGCCGAGGCGAACGUGCAACUAUCACUUUCCGAAGUUUGGUUUGAGCAUCAGAGGGGAACUGUGUUGGGAAUGUAUGUGCUGGCAACUAGUAUCGGCACCUUUCUUGGGCCUCUCAUUGCUAGCUAUGUGGCAGAAAAUCUCGGCUGGAGAUGGGUCGCUUUAACAUCAGUUAUUAUUUCCAGCAUAACACUCGUAGUAUUUCUUUUUGGUCUCGAAGAAACAUUGUUCGAAGGCAACUACCCCUCUAGACGCGCAUUAGAUGCGCGCACGGCCCGGCUACCUUCUAGCGCCGGACGAAAAAUGCGUAGCCACACCAAAGCUACUCCGACGGGGAAUUCACAGCAAAGUCUGCAGGUUUCCGAUAAUUAUUCGCUGGAAGAGUUCCGUCCAUUUUUGCAACGUAUCCGAUUCAUUCGUCGUGCGCCCAUCUUAGUUGGUACGGGCAUGAAGCAAUAUUUUUCGCUACUGCUUCACUCUCUCCGUGUUCUCACCUUCCCUGCGGUACUUUACAGCGGAAUUCAAUGGGGCGCCCAAGAUGCCUGGCUCACUUUUUAUCUUACUCUCGAAGAAGGUAGCUGGAUGCAAUCUCCUCGUAAUUACAGUACCUCUCAAUCGGGACUUAUGAAUAUUCCGACAUUAAUUGGAGCUGUCAUCGGGUGUUUUUGGGGAGGAUAUCUUUCAGACCGCCUCGUCUUACACGUGGCAAAGCGUAGGCAAAACAUCACAGAGGCUGAAGAUCGUUUGUGGAUGAUGCUCCCUUGUAUCAUUUUAAGCCCAGUUGGUCUAUUAAUUUUUGGCAUGGGCACAGCUAAGAACUGGAGCUGGCCCUGGCCAUAUAUGGGCUUAAUCAUGAUAGGGUUUGGAUGGGGCUGUGCAGGGGACCUGUCCAUGUCAUAUCUGAUGGAUGCAUACCCUGAGAUGGUUCUUGAGGGUAUGGUCGGUGUCAGUCUGAUAAACAAUUCUCUUGGUUUACUUUUUACUUUUGCGGCAAAUACAUGGAUUGAGAACAACGGUGUUUCUCACAGUAUAAUCGGACUAACUUGCUUAGCCUUUUUCUUCCUCCUACUUACCAUACCAAUGAUAGUGUGGGGCAAGAGCUGUCGACGCAGGACAAUGCAACGUUACCAAAACUUUAUCCAGGUUCGCAAUGAAAUGUAG